AUGGUGCAGCUCGAGGUCGUCCCCACAGGCUUCCAGCGCGUAUCGAAAGAGGAUGGUACUCCAAGCGUGUCUCUCCAAUCCAUGAAGAAUGGAACAGCGUUCAACUUCACGUUUGAAGCACUUCGGCCAGGGCUGUUCCGAACGAGCUUCACUUCUAAAGACCACCGCCUUCCACCUCAUCGCGCGGCACCGGUACCAAGUCGCAAACUAGACGAUGAAAGAGUCACAACUUCGCAUACAGAUAAUGUGAGCACUCUUCAAGUGGAGAAUAUUACAGCCAAGGUCGACUGGAGCAGUGGGCCUCCUUUAGUCUCAAUCACACUCCCAAACCAGAAAGCCCCAAUUUACACAGACCUGCCCAAUCGCUCCUACGUAGCCGACGGACCAGGAAUUGCUCAUUAUACACGCUACAACUCCAAAACGCUCCAUCUAGGACUGGGCGAGAAGCCAGCGCCAAUGGACCUCUCCAACCGACACUUCGUGCUCUCGGCAACAGACAGCUUUGGAUACGAUGUCCAUCGCACCGAUCCCAUGUACAAACAUAUCCCGCUCCUGAUAAACGCAACACCUAGUGGAUGCGUAGCAAUCUUCUCUACGUCACACGCGCGGGGUUACUACUCAGUCGGUUCCGAGAUGGAUGGCAUGUGGGGACGCUUCAAGGUGUAUCGCCAGGAAUACGGUGGCUUGGAACAGUACAUAAUCACUGGGAAAACGUUGAAGGACAUCGUAACCAUCUACGCCGACCUCGUCGGCUACCCGCUUCUCGUCCCAAGAUGGGCGUUUGGGUACCUCGCCGGAGGGAUGAAGUACUCCAUGUUGGACGAGCCACGCGCCUGUGAUGCCCUCAUGGACUUCGCCAGCAAACUAAAGAAGCACGAUAUCCCCUGUUCAGGAUUCCAGAUGUCCUCAGGUUACACGGUUGCGGAAACGGAGCCAAAGACGCGCAACGUCUUCACUUGGAACUACCACCGGUUUCCGGAUCCCAAGGGCUUCGUUGACGCAUAUCACAAAGCAGGCAUUCGGCUGAUCGCCAACAUCAAGCCUUACGUGCUGGAGAACCACCCAGAAUACGAGAAAUUGAAGAAGGAAGGCGCGCUUUUCACAGACUCGUUGACUAUGGCAUCGGCCGAGGCACGUCUCUGGAGCGCAGGCGGCGGCGAAUCUGGCGUCGGCGGCCAUAUUGACUUUACUUCUGAGGCGGGAUACCGCUGGUGGUAUGAAGGCGUUCGAGAGCUCCGAAAACUUGGUAUCGAUUGCAUGUGGAAUGAUAACAAUGAGUACAUUAUUCCGCACGACAAGUGGCAAUGUGCGCUUACUGAACCGAACUUGAAGCAACAAGAUGGCCAGGACUAUGGGAAGGAUGUUGGCUUUUGGGGACGCGCGCUGAAUACAGAAUUGAUGGGGAAGAGCUCACAUGAUGCGUGUGUGGAGGUGUAUCCUAACGAGAGACCGUUCGUUUUGACAAGGAGCGCGACAGCAGGGACCCUGAGGUAUUGUGCUAGUUCGUGGAGUGGCGACAAUACGACGAGCUGGGACGGGAUGAGAGGUGCAAAUGCGCUGUCGCUCACUGCAGGAAUAUGCUUGAUGCAGUGCUACGGCCACGACAUCGGCGGCUUCGAGGGUCCGCAACCUAGCCCUGAACUCCUCGUCCGGUGGUGCCAACAAGGCAUUUACUCGUCGCGUUUCGCCAUCAACUGUUUCAAGACAUCGCCAGAGAAUAACUCGGUCGGAGAUGUCAUCGAGCCCUGGAUGUACGAGGAGACGACAUCACUCGUCCGUGACAUCAUAAAGCGAAGAUACGAACUCAUCCCCUACCUGUACUCCCUCGCGCUCGAAUCUCACACCACUGCCGCACCACCCCAGCGCUGGACCGGCUGGGGCUUCGAGCAAGACCCAGAAGUCUGGCAGAGCAAGCUCCUCACGGAUGGCGAGACGCAAUACUGGCUCGGUGACGCGCUGCUUGUGGGCGGCGUGUUUGAGCCGAAGCAGGAUGUUGGAAAGGUGUAUCUUCCCAAAGACCCUGCGAGCCCGGAUUUGCAGUUCCUCGACGUCAAUGCCAGCCAGAAAUUCUACGAUGCAGGGCAGUGGAUCGAAGUGCCGGCGAAAUGGCAGGAUGAAGGCAUACCGGUGCUUGCAAGAGUGGGUAGUGCAAUCCCAGUUGGUAAGCCAGUACAGGUCCGUUCUCCUGGAGACAAGGAAAACUUUGCGAAGUUGCCUGAAGAUGACUACCGGGCUGUGGAAAUUUUCCCGCCGAAGGGAUCAUCGCAUGGUAAGGAGUUUGCGAAUAGGUGGUUCGAAGACGAUGGCGUGUCACCACCGCCUGUGAGGAUUUCAAUCUUCGCGGUCAAGUAUACCAGUGAGGAGGACACAGUGUAUGUGACGUUUAGCGAGCAGCUGCAAGAAGGGUAUGAUCCGGCGUGGAAGGAGUUGGAGAUCAUUCUUCCGAGCGGCGAUGCGAGAGCGGUGGCAUUCAACGGGAAGGGGGCGGAGAGCAUGGCGACGGAUGAGAAGGGUCGGAAGCACUUCCGGUGCGAGAGUGUGAGGAGGGCUUGA